AUGAGGUUAGCACUCGUCCUAGCAGGCCUGCUGGCCGUCGCCAGUGCUGCACCGAAGGCAAAGUUCAUGGAGAAUGACAAGCUGGCUCAUCAGGGUCUAGCCAACUUGAAGGCAUAUGUUGCUGAACACGGCUAUCCAAAUGCGGACAAGUGUACCCUAGAGACUGCACAUGUCAGGAAGGAAUGGGCGUCCCUUUCGACAUCGGAGAAAUGUGAUUACAUCAAAGCAGUACAGUGCAUUGGAAAGAAGCCAGCGAGAACCCCAGCUGCUAUUGCUGCGGGGGCAAAGAGUCGAUACGACGAUUUAGUGGUGACACAUAUCCAGCAAUCGCUCUCCAUCCAUGGAACGGCAAACUUCCUGUCAUGGCAUCGGUACUUCACCUGGACAUUCGAGCAGAUGCUCCGUAAUGAGUGUGGCUACAAAGGCUAUCAACCCUACUACAACUGGGCUCACUGGUCGCACGACCCAAAAAGCGGACCAUUCUUCGACGGCAGCAGAUACAGUAUGUCUGGUGACGGCGAGUACAUUCCUGGAAGGAACUAUUCUUGCUUUCCAUAUGAAGAACCAUGUCUCAUGAAGCUGCAACCCGGUACAGGAGGUGGUUGCGUCACUUCCGGUCCGUUCAAAGAUUGGAAGAUUAACAUGGGCCCGCUGCAAACAAUGCUGAAAGUCCCUGGUGGUAUACCACCAAACCCACAAGCCAACGGUCUAGGCUACAAUCCGCGCUGCCUUUCUCGUGACAUCAAUUUACAGGCUGCAAAUUCUACGAGUGAUUUCGAAGUCUCUUCUCUGAUCCAAAUCAAAGACAUUGCACGGUUCCAAACAGUGUACCAGGGAGAGUUUGCGAAGAACUUUAUGGGUGUACACACUGGCGGACAUUACACCAUCGGAGGAGAUGCCGGCUCAGACUUCUACAACUCGCCCGCCGAUCCAGCAUUCUUUCCUCAUCACGGCAUGAUCGACAGAGUAUGGUGGACGUGGCAAAACCAAGAUAUUGUAAACAGACAAUAUGCCAUCAGCGGAGGCACGAUCAUCGGAGAUCAAGGACCUAAUGGCACGCUCAACGAUACAAUCACAAUGGGAGAAUACGUUGGGUCGCCAAAUAUCACUAUCGGGGAUGCGUUGAAUACUCUCGCUGGGCCAUUUUGCUACAUAUACGCAUAG